CUCAGCCAAUCAUACGCAGUGUGUAGACGUUGCUGCGGUAUCGGUCGGGCUCCAUCCAGCCUGUCAGCGUGUACUGACCGGUGAAUUGUGGACAAGGAGCGCACUGUGUGGAGAGCCCUCGCGCCGGACCGCCAGGACACGGGAGCGAUAUAACGGCCGCUCUGACACGGACUGCGUCACUGGAGCAGAGGUAGAGCGAGCUCUGUGUGUGAGACCGGGUAUUAAAUUGUCACCCUCUCAGAAUUGUACAUUAUUAUUUUACCCACCCAGCCUCGUCUGUCUCUCUCCCAAGUCCCAACCACUCAUACCCUGCUCUGUCUCUCCUAACACCCCUGAAAGGGCAACUGUCACCUUACCGGACACUAUAGACACCCAGAUCAUGUCAUUGAAGCAGUCUGGGUGCAGUGUCCAUGUCAGUCCUGCAAUGUAGAUACAAUGUUUUUUUAGACACAUAAAAUGAUUACAUUGCAGGACCAAGACUUCCUCUAGUGGCUGUCAAUCAAAUAGACACUAUAGGCACUUCCUGGAGUUUCGGCGUUUGGCCCAGUGUAACGACAUUUGGACGUCCUCUCACUCUGCAUUGCUUCAAUGCUUUCCUAUGGGGAGGACAAUAUGCUCUGCAUGGAGGUGCUGAACUUCCCCCAUAGAGAUACAUUGAUUCAAUUCAUCUCUAUGAGGAGAUCCUGGUUGGUGCAGCGUUUUGCAGCCAAUCCUACGGGAAAACAUUGGAUUGGCUGAGAUCAAGCUUGAUAAUUCAGCCAUAGAGGCAGGGCCAGUCGAGGUAAGACCAGCACCGCGUAGGAAAAAAAAGUGAGUAAAACCACCAUUUCCUUACGAACAGAAGGGGUCGUCACCUAAACAAACACACACACAUGAGGGACAGACCCAUACACUCACACAUUAUUGCUUGAUUUAAAGGACCACUAUAGGCACCCAGACCACUUCAGCUUAAUGAAGUGGUCUGGGUGCCUGGUCCAUCUAGGUUUAACCCUGCAGCUGUAAACGUUUACAUAUGGGUUAAUCCAGCCUCUAGUGGCUGUCUCAUUGACAGCUGCUAGAGGUGCUUCUCCCUGUGAUUUUCACAGUAAGAAGACACCAGCGUCCAUAGGAAAGCAUUGAGAAUGCUUUCCUAUGGACUGACUGCGCACGCUGCGGCUCAUGCCGCGCAUGCGCAUUCAGCCGAAGGAGGAGGAGAGUCCCCAGUGCCGAGGGAACACGUUCCUCCCCCUUCAGCCCGGUGGGAGGGGGGCCAUGAGGGUGGGGGGGACCUAUUCAUACUAUAGUGCCAGGAAAACGAGUUUGUUUUCCUGGCACUAUAGUGGUCCUUUAAUACCUUUUGGGGGUCCAGUGGGCGACCGACUGGUGGAUUGUGCAGGUGGGCGGAAUGCCUGGGGAUUAUGGAUGGCAUGUUGGGUGGUCAUGGAAGUUGGCGGCUGGCUGCGCAUAUUGUUGCCGACGGCGAUAGAGCUGUGAUGUUCCUCGCUCUGCACCCCUUAGUGAGGCUGGGGCCAGAAUAUGAUGUCAUAUCCCGGUCCCGGUCUCAUUAAGCAGUGCGCAGGGGAGCAGAGAAAGUGACAACACAGCUUCCUUGCCGCCAUACUUCUAUUUGCGCAGCCAGCCACCCGUUUUCACGACCUCCCAGCAUGCUGUCCGCCUCCAUAAUCCCCCAGCUUGCCGACAGCCGCCCGCCUCGGAGGUAAGGGGCUUGCAUAUCCCACGCGCCAAGGCAAAAUUCCUAGGCGCCAUGGCGACCUGGCAACUGGGAUUUAUCGAGCCCUGCCCAAGGGCCUCAUGAAACAGUUAAAUCAGUUAAUGCAACACUGUUACUGGCAGGUGAAGCUAAAACUUUACUGAUAUCUACUAUAUAUAGUUGGAUGUGAAAUGUCCUGUGUUGUUUCUUUAUAGGUUGAUUUUAUUUAAGAUGGAGGCUAUGUCUGUUGUGAACCAUUUGAGGAAUCUUGCUUCAGACCCUCAGAAUAGAGCAAGUAUUAUGAGAGAUAAGAGCUGCCUUGCAGGUCUCAUUCUGUUUCUUGACCAUCGUGAAGCAUGUGUGGUUGAGUCUGCACUAAAGGUGAGUGGUAAUGAAACAUGUCACAGAUGAUAUUGUGCUCAAUUAUAAUGAACUGGUACUUAGUUAUUGGCAAUAACCAUCAAUUAAAGAGACCCUGCACCCUUUGCUUUAACACUGCAUCUUCUGUGAAAAGGAAGUUUUUCCUUAUGUCCUUAACCUCCCUGGCGAUAAUCCCGAGCGUGGCUCGGGGUUAAUUUUCAGUACCAAAAGCAGUAUCCCUGAGCCACGCUCGGGAUUAUACUGUAGUAUCACUUACCUUGUCCCUAUGAGCCCGUGGUGUCCUCCCGCAGUGUCCUCUGCCCGAUGCUGGCAUCCGUCUUCCGAGUUCCCUUUCUUUGCGAGCACCGCCUGACAGGCGGAAAAAAAAAAAUUACAAAUCCACAUAAUACAUAGUAAUACAUUGUGAUACAGUGUAAUCUGAUAUGAUUACAUUUCGGUAUCAAACCUUUUCACCUCAGUUUUGUCCCAGUGCUUUGUCCAGUGUCCUGCCUGUGCUUUUAUUUAUUCCUAAGAAUAACAAGCCUACAAAUUUACAUACAAAACAAUGUACCACUUUAACAUUCAAAAAUACUGACAUAAUCAGACCACCAGGGAGGUUAAGGGGUUUCUCGAAUGAUUGAGUUGGUCAUGGUGCUUGGAGUCUUAUUGUACAGUGUUUCACUAUAGCCCUUUGCUUCCGAAGGUGAAACCUUUGUUCAGAACCAAAUCUUAAAGGGACACUAUAGUCACCAGAACAACUACAGCUUAUUGAAAUUGUUCUGGUUAAUAGAAUCAUUACCUUCAGGCUUUUUGUUGUAAAUACUCUCUUUUCAGAGAAAAUGCAAUGUUUACAUUAAAGCCUAGUGAUAACUUCACUGGCCACUCCUCAGAUAGCUGUUAGAGAUCCUUCCUGGGUCAUGGCUGCCUAAAAUGCAUCCAAACAUUCGGUAUCUCCUCCAUCUGCAUGCAGACACUGAACUUUCCUCAUAGAGAUUAAUUGAUUCAAUUCAUCUCGAUGAGGACAUGCUGAUUGGCCAGGGCUGGCUCUGCCCCUGAUCUGCUUCUUGGUCAGUCUCAGCCAAUCCUAUGGGGAAGCAUUGUGAUUGGAUCAGGGUACCACUUCUGAUGAUGUCAGCAGGCUGCUUGGUUUUUUUUUUUUUUUUUUUUAGGCAAAGCAUGCAGAGUUACAGCUUCUGGUUUGAAUACAGUAAGAUUUUUAAUAUAUUUAUGGAGGCAUGAGGAGCCAUGGGGGGCUAGAUGGUGGUGUUAACACUAUAGGGUCAGGAAUACAUGUUUGUGUUUCUGACCCUAUAGUGAUCCUUUAAGGCAACACUAAAAGCACGAUAAUGCUGCAGCGCUCUGUUAUGCUUAUGAACUAUUUAUUAUUCAUAUACUGCUAACAGAUUCCCCCCAUACUCAUAUUGUCAAUAAUUAAACAAUUUUAGAACAGCUUGACUUGACUAGGUGCCACUCCCUACCUCCACUUUAUCUAAAAGAGAACAGAAAACUCCUGCUUGGGAGCUUCUGUUCGUUAUUCUGAGAUAGCUUACAGUGCAAGGCUAGAUCAUAGACUGGGAACGCCAGCUGAUCAUUCUCCACCAAUAAGCUAACCCUGCACCCCAUGGCUAAGCUCAGUGCCAUCGUACUGCCAAAACAGCUCUGACACGUUGAGUUAUGGACUCCACAAGUUCUAUGGUAUCUUGUACCAAGUCCUUAGAAGUAGGGAUUUGUUGUUCCAGCACAUCGCACAGAUGCUCAAUUGGAUGGAUGUCUGGGGAACAUGGAAACCAAGGCAACACCCUGAACUCUUUGACAAGUUCCUCAAACCAUUCCUGAACAAUCUUUGUAGUGUGGCUGGGUGCAUUAUCGUGCUUAAAGAGACCACUGUUAUCAGAGAACACCAAUGCAAUGAAGGCGUGUAAGUUGUCAGCAACAAUCUCUAGGUAAAUGGUUAGUGUCAAAGUAACAUCCACAUGAAUGACAGUACAUUAGUCCAUAGUGCACCCUGUUGCUAUCUGUUCCCCAGCUAAUCGACACAUAUGCACCCGACUAUCCACCUGAUCUAAAAUAAAACUUGAUUCAUUGGACCAAUCAAUCUUCUUCCAUUGUGCCAUGAUCCAGUUCUGAUGCUCAUGUCCUCAUUGAAUGCUGGCUACACCUUACAAGACUUGCCAUUUUGGAAAUUCUCUGACCCAGUCGUCUAGUCAUCACUAUUUGUCUCUUGUCAAAUUCACUCAGAUCGUUUCACUUGCCCAUUUUUCCUGCUUCAAACACAUGAAAUUCAAGAACUGUUUACUUUCUGCCUAAUACACCCCCCCCCCCACCCCCUUUAUUUUUGUAGCAAUAUUAUCCAUUAUUAUUUAAUCACACAGUAGUUUUAAUGAUCAGUGUAUAGCAGAGUUUGAGAAUUUUUCCAGGACUCUUGGCAGUUGCCCCAAUCUUUGUAAAUUUUAAUUAUUUUGUUUCACGUCUAGUAGAUUUGGAGAAUUAGAUUGGGCAACAACUUUGGUCACUUGGACAAAUAUGUUUUUACUUGCAGAAUUACAACUACAGGAAAAUGGCACCCAAACCACUUAAUCUCACUGAAGUGGUCUGGGUGUUUAUAGUGUUGUUAUUUUUAUUUUAUUUUUGUUAUAAAGGGAGAGUUAGAAAUGGUGUCAAAGUUGUACACUGGUCAGUAUGGUGAUACAGAUAAUCUUCAACUAGCACAUCUAGGAAAAAUGCAUGUCAAUAUAAGUGCAUGUCUCUUAUGUGGCCCUAUAAAUUCCUCUAAAACCUGGCAAAGUUAUACAUAUGGGGCAUGGCCAUAAUCUAGAGAUAAAGCAGAAUAGAAAUGUGUGGUCCUUUAACCCCUUAAGGACCAAACUUCUGGAAUAAAAUGGAAUCAUGGCAUGUCACACAUGUCAUGUGUCCUUAAGGGGUUAAAUAAUAGAGCACACAAGACUUGUAAAAUUUACCAUUAAAGGCAUACUAUAAGUGCCAGGAAUACAUAGCUGUAUUCCUGCCACUAUAAGCCCUCUGCCUCCCCCCUCACUUGCGCCCACCCUUCCGUUGAAUAAAGAUCCCAGCGCCGAUGUCUCUCGGUGCUGGGUCUUGGCUAUGCCUCCUCCGAAGUCCAGCAACGAGCAGGAAUCAAUGCUUUCCUAUGGGGACAAAAAUCUGAUGCUGGAUGUCCUCAUGCAGAGCCUGAGGAUGUCCAAGGUCCAUUAGGAUACAAGAAGUGCCUCCAGUGGCUGUCUGGAAGACUGUAAUUGGAGGCAGACUUAGAGCUGCAAUGUAAAUACUAAGUGCAAUAGGGACACUGCACUCAGACCACUUCAAUGAGCUGAUGUUGUCUGGGUGCCUAAAGUGUGUCUUUAAUAUCCAAUAUGCAUGUGAAAAUAAUUAAAAGUACCUUUUUAGCUAUGAAUCACCCUGGUACGACUCAAACUUCUCAUAUUAAGUUGUUGCCUUUUGCAAAUGGAAUGCUAUGAUUUGGGUAUUUGGGGUUGCUAUAUGUUCCCAAAAGUUACCUGGUUCCUGUAAAGCAACCAGUGAAAAUUGGAAACUUGAAAUUUGUAAUUGGCAGGCAUGUAAUUUUACUCAGUAGCUUGCCAACAAUAUGGCAGUCUACACGAGAGUGGACUGCUGCACUUAGCAGCAACAGAAGAAUAAAAAAAUUGGGGAAUUUAUAUUAGUUGGACAUAUAUGGUUUGUGAUAUUAACUGUGAAAAACACAAACAUAUUAAAUAUACUCCGCACUUUUAACUGGUCUGUUGAUGAAAUGGUUAAAGGCACACUAUAGUCACCAGAAAACUACAGCCUAUUGACUUUUUAUUGCAAACAUUGCUUAUGUUGCUGCCUAGGGACACAUCCAGUAGCCUCUCGUCAGACAGCCACUAGAGGUGCUUCCUGUUUUUUUUUGAUUUUUUUUUAGAAACUGCGACAUUUGCAUGGCAGGGAUAAUUCCACCCCUGGUAGCUGUCAGUAUAACAGCCACUAGAGUUAGUUCUGCUACGUUGACAGAGUAAUACUAGGUAAUGUGACGUGAAAGUCACCAUAGGAAAGCAUAGCACUUGCAUGUGCAUUUUGUUCCAGAUGCGCUUUAGGAGGUAAGCAGCACAGAGGGAGCUGGAAAAAGUUAUGUAAAACUUACAUUUUUAUUUAUUUUUUUAACAUUUUUAUGCAUCUUUUAUGAGGGGCAACUUGAAUAAAUGUAGGUAAAGAGUUUUAGUCAUACAGAUUUCUAUUCCUAUUUCUAUAGUGUUUCUUUUUAAUAAGGAUAUGGAAUUCUCUGCCUGAAGAGGUGGUUUUAUCAGAGUCAAUACAGAUGUUUAAACUAAAAUUGGAUAAAUACUUGCAAAAACAUAACAUACAGGGAUAUCAUUUCUAAUUAGUGGGGUAAUAGCUGCUUGAUCCAAGGAGACAUCUGACUGCUAUUUUGGGGUCAAGAAGGAAUUUUUUUCCUAGUUUGUUGCAAAAUUGGAAGCGCUUCAGACUAGGUUGUUUGCCUUCUUUUGGAUCAACAGCAAAAACAUAUGCGAGGAAGUCUGAACUUGAUGGACGCAAGUCUCUUUUCAGCUAUGUAACUAUGUAAUACACAAAUACAACCACUACAUAGCACAUUUCCACAUUAAAUGGUGUUAGAUUUGAACUUGGUCAGCAUUUAUCUACUUCCUAAAUUAAUUACAUAUUUACUUUUUAUGUUUUUAAACUUAGACAAUUUCAUAUUUAAGCGAAGAUCCAACCCACUGUGAAAUAAUGCGAAAUGAACUUGGUAUGAUGGUUAGCUUGGAGAGCAUAAAAAACAGGUAAGAUUUAAGAGAAAAAAAACAAACAAAAAAAACAUAAGACGAUAUUGUUAUACUCGAAGGAUUAGUCAGGUUUCUAGCCAUUGUGUUAUUUUAGAGCUAUGGUAUCAAUCGUUUAGACACUAUACCCCUUAUUCUUCAACCAAUAGUGCACAAGUAGCUGCUUCAGGUAGUGAGAGAAAGCAGCAAAUCGAGUGUGGAAACUUAUAGUUCACACCAGGUUGAGUUUGAAUGAAAUCAUGCUUUAAAUCUGUCUUUAAGAAACGAUUUAUAUCAUGAAUUUAAAUGUAAGAACUCAUUUUUGCUGGUUGUUUUAAUCUUUAAUAUUUUCAACCAGUUAAAUAUAGCAUUUUAGAAAGAUAAUUUCAGAAUAUUUAAACAGUUAUAUAAAAACUGAUUGUUAUAUACCAUUCAAAAUACAUAGAUUAUUAUACAAUUAUUGCAAGGUGAGCUAUCUCCAGUUUAAUAGGUUAAUCACUUAUAGUUGAAGAAAAAUUUAAAGGAACACUAUAGGGUCAGGAACACAAACAUGUAUUCCUGACCCUAUAGUGUUAAAACUACCAUCUAGCCCCAUUGGCCCACUCUUGCCUCCCUAAAUAAAAUCUUACUUGCAGAGCUGCCUCUGACAUCAUCAGAAGUGGUGGUCUGAGCCAAUCACAAUGCUUCCCCAUAGGAUUGGCUGAGACUGUCAAGGAGGCAGAUCAGGGGCAGAGCCAGCACAAGUCAAACACUUGGGCAAUCAGCCCUGGCCAAUCAGCAUCUCAUAGAGAUGAAUUGAAUCAAUGCAUCUCUAUGAGGAAAGUUUUUAGUGUCUGAAUGCAGAGGGUGGAGACACUGAAUGUUGUGAUGCAUACUAGGCAGGACUGCCCCAGGAAGCACCUCUAGUAGCCAUCUGAGGAGUGGCCAGUAGAGGUAUCACUAGGCUGUAAUGUUACAAAAGAAAAAACACUAUUUAACAAACAGGUGUCAAAAUAGUGAAAGUGUGUAGCGCUGGAAAGUUAAUUACCUACUCCCAAAUUGUUAUAGGGAUGACAGAAUUAUGCAGAUGACUGUUUAAAAAAGGAGGAUAUAUAGUGUGACACUUUUAAACUUUGAGUGGAGGUGUUUACUUAAAUUGGAAGCACUCACGUGGUUUGGAGCCUAUUAUGGACUGGCUCUAAUCACUUGCGCUGUUAUGCACUUGAGGUGGCACACACCCUAUGGAUCCAAGUGUAGGAUAUUCCUCAGAAACAUGCAAACAAAAAAGAGGGGAAGGGAGACAGGGAAGCUUGCCCUGGUGCAGAAAUCAUUAAUCAAGUAUGGUACAAUGCAAAAAUAUAAAGUUUGCUUCUCACCUUAAAAAGUAUAUGGGUAUAUGAGUCCUGUUUUAGGGUGACUCUGCCCUUCUUAUAGCAGGAUAGAUGGUAUGUUUUCAAUUAAAAAUCGUAUUUAUUCCGUUCAAAAAUCAAUAGAAUACAUACACAGUGGUGGUGUGUCCAAAAUGCGUUUCGCCGAUUCCGGUCGGCUUUCUCAAUUUCUAAAUGUGAGGCUGUAAUGUAAACACUGCAUUUUUCUCUGAAAAGACAGUGUUUACAGCAAAAAACUUGAAGCGAAUGAUUCCACUCACCAGAACAAAUACAAUAAGCUGUAGUUGUUCUGGUUACUUUAGUGUCCCUUUAAAUCAAAGAUGUUCAUUAUGUAUACAUAGAUUUGUAGAUCCAUAACAAUGGGAUUAAGGUAUUUUUCUGAACUAUGGAUUGUUAGUUUAUAAUCUUUUUGCUGAUAUGCAGGCACACAUACACUUAUGGCCUAGAUUUAAUUAUUUUGGCUAAGUUUUUCAAAAGAUCAUUUGUCAAAGCUUUUUAAAUUUCUCUAUGGACAUUUUCAGUGACUGUAUUGGGAAAUUCCAGAGCACUAUAUUUUCCUGAAAUGUUCUGGGCUGCCCUGUCAAUAAUGUGCAUAAAAUACCCUCCCUUCCACAUUGCGCUCCCUCAGUUGCACUUUUUGUUUGUUUGUGGUGUCACUGCUACUUGGUGGCUGUGUGGUUAACUGAAAAGUAAGUUUUACUUACCUGAAACUGUCCCUUGCAGCUGCAUCCCAUCUGCAUUGGAUCCUCUUCAGUGCUGGUGCUUUAUCUGCCUGGAACCAACAUAAGUGUUAUACUCUGGCGCCAUAGACAGUGCCUUUUUCCCUACAGCCGUCAAUAGUGAUGGCUGGGGAAAAUGACAGAACUUGGCAGAGGUAGAUCUGCCUUUUGUCAAGCAUAGGAAAAAUGCAUAAGACAAAGUAGGUCUCAUAUUCUGUUUUUGCUUGAGUGCAUUUACUUAGGGACUCCCUGUAACGAACGCUGGUAUAGUAGAUACCCGUUCACCUAUUUUCGCCCGAACUGCCUGAGCCUGAGUGAUUAAAGCUCGGGUGUUGAGUCAAACGAUUCCCCAUACGAAUGGCAGUCUCCCAAGUGUAUUCUCUUAGUAAAGUAGACAGGUACCCAAACAUCAGCCGAAACUAAAUGAAGGGUGUAACAGGAAUGAUUUUAAUGGGUGUCACACUGGCGUUUAUGCAAGGGGUACUCCCACAUGGACCUUGUUGGGGACUCCAACACAAAGUUAUACACCAAUCACAACAUGGUUACAAAGUAUAACACUCCCAUAGUAAACAUACAAUCCCUCCUCACUGCCUGGGAGAUAAUUGAGUCAGAUACUGUAAUAACUCAAUUAUCUCCAGGCAGAAAAAAACAAAUUUUCCCCAAAAUUCAUAAAAUUCUCAUAAAUGUACAAUAGCUUUAGAAGAUGAUUCCCUUAAUAAAGCAUACAAAUCCCCAAACAUCAGCCGAAGUCUAGAAGAAGGGUGCAACAGAGCUCGCUUUUAAUGACCACCCACUGGCUUUUAUGCAAGUCCCCAUGCAAGGGGACAUCCCACAGGGAGGGACACAGUGCAACCAAUCAUUUACAGGAAAAACGUAAAACACUUCCAGCACAAACAUACAAUUCCCUCCCCUAGUCCUGGAGAUAAUCAAGUCUGAUAAAGUAAUAACUUUAUUAUCUCCAGGCAGAAAAAUUAAAAUUAUCCCCAAUAUUCAGAACACCCCUUUAGGCAUAUGGUAUCCCCACAAACAAUAUAUCCCCUGAUAGCCCUGAUCUGGGUGACCAACAUAUCCAAAAAUCACCCAGAUCAGUUCAGGGGUUUAGGAGUUGCAUGGAAGUCUUAGUUUGACCGACCGCACAUGAGGUUCUUGCCCAGAAACCGUUCCAUCAGUUCAGGUUGUGCGGUCGGUCUAUUUCGGAAAGUCAUAAAACCGAAUAAAUCCACAAACAGAACCCCCUGGCUCAUAGCGUUUGUUCCUCUAGUUCGUGGGAACAAAACUACCGAACAGCGCUCUCCUAGCUGUUCGGAAAAAGGAAGCAGGCGUUCGUAUGGUUUGACCAGUGUUCGGGAAGUCGAGUGUCCGAUUUUCGUUCCAGACACUAGACGAUCAAGUCCCGCUGCCUCCUUUCGUCCGAACAAGAUGGGCACCGUUUUUCCUGCACGUGGCGAUCGACUAUAUGAACGGUGGCCACACAGAGAGCACUAAUUCCUUGUUCUCUUUGUAGUUAACGAGCCAGGGGCGUAGUCUGUGUUCGGUAGUUUCAUCUACUGAACGAAAAAAGUUAAAUAACCGAAACAACGGGAUAAUUUCUUCACACUCCCUAAAUCAAGAGUAAUCCAGAUGUGAACCCUGUGCUCAUUGUGCCUAGAGGGAUAUUGGCUAUACCUCAAUGGUGAGACCCAAAGAAGGCUUAAACAGUCGUCUGUGGCUGCUGUAUCUCACAUGCAGAACAUGUAUUCCCUACAUGACUCUCCCCAUAUAUUGACUAGUUUUGCUUCUUUUAAUAACAUUUUUCCAUAAAGCAUUUUGUCAUUUUAACCCUAAGCCUAAUCUGAAAUUCAUACUUUAUUUUGCCCAAAAUAGAUGAUUGUGGUGGUUGAUAGACAAAUGUACUUCGCAUUUAAUUUAUCGCUACCAUGUAGAGGUCUGAUCCAGUGGAUAUUUUACUAUAACAUACUGAUCAAUGUUCCGGUGAACUGUAUUUACAGGUGUGAUGUUAUUGAUGACCUCAAACAACUUGCACAGAGCAUAUAUGCUUCCUUUACAUUCCCUUCUCAAAAGUACACGCCAGAAAAGACAAAGCCACAAUUUUUCAUCUCCAGCUGUAACAAGAGAGUGAAAACUGUAACUCUUCAUAUUCAUGGACUUGAUGACAUGGUAAGAUUUGGUAACAUAACAAAAUUUAUGUGACUUGGUGGUGGUAUUCAUUUUUAUUGGUGGUUCCUUUUUAUUUAUUUUUUUAUAAAUCUAAAUAUUUCGAAAAUCAAUAUUAAGAAACCAUAUCAAGAUGGACAUUAUAGGAGCACGUCGCGUCAGGCACCAUAAAAACGUCAUCAAAAUUAGAAAGGUGCUUAUCCCAGAAAAGGUUAAUAAGCCAGUUUGGUUACCUGGUGUAGUAAAAGUAAAACCCUAUUAAUAAAACAGAAAAAAAACACCCUACCUAGUUAGUUAAGGUCAUUUUGCUCCGACAGGAAAAACAAUCAGGUCAAAGUUUCUAGGUAGUUCUCUGUUCUAUUCAUCAAAGCCUCAACUGUAUAUCCUCAACUCUUUCAGCCUUCUUCAGAAGCUGGGGGCAGUAGGUUACAUUCAGAGGGCACAGGGAUCCGAAUUUGGUAGCGAUUAACAGGUGUUACGAUAGUGUCUUUUUUUUUUUUUUUUUUUUAAUUUUUUAUCCAAAAAUGGGAAGUUUGGGAUGAAGGAGAUUAUGACAGCACAUUUCCCCAAACCAAUUUGCAACGAUCUGACAACCCACCGGCAUCUCCAACAAAGGUGCAAAUUCAGGGGAGAUCGUAUGAAGCCUCUAAGGGAUGUUCUUAGGGUUUCGUGAUUGAUCUCUUGAUAUUUAGAGCACAGCAAUCUCUGAUGUCAGUAUUGAUUUAUUUAUUUUUAUAUUCCCUGUUGCUCAGUGAAUGCCAUGUGUAACACCUCCUCCAAAUAAGACAUUAGCUUAAGCAGAGCUGCAGCAGCUUGGCAUGAUAGCAGAGCUUCUCAAACAAUGUCAGUAGCCUAUUUGUAGUGGAGCCCUAGUCCUAGCAGGGACUCUCCUCCACUGGUUACUCCAAAAUAUACUCUGAAACAAGUAAAACAAUCCAAUUGAACAGUCAGGCACAGCAAAAUACUCCAAGACUCUCCCACCUCUUCCCCAGCAACUGUAUGACACUCAGCUCUGGGGGUAUAACUGAAUUUUAUUCACACAUACACAGCUUUUAUGCCAUCUCCCAUGCAAGUUGUCUCACAGGUAGAAAAUGCAAGGGUUUUAAUCUCAGGAUCCGUUGUGCAUGAGAGAUAAUUGCCUGAGUAAACUCCUCCAAUUGAAUCUCUCUGGUACAAAAAAAUCCCCAAAAUAUUCCGUACCCCAAAAGUCCCCCAACCAUACAGUGGAACCCCACAAAAAAGUACAUUCCCCGAUAGCCCCAAUCUGAGUGACCAACAUAUCCAAGAAUCACUCAGAUCGGUUAGAUAGAACGGGAACAGCAUUGUGGGGAAGAUUUGACUGGCCAGACACAAGGUGGUAGCCCAAAAUAGUUCCAGGAGAAUAGGUGCCCUGGCCACAUGUUCGGUUGUACGAAAUGGCAGCCACCCAGGAGAAACACUCAUUAAUUGUUUCCCUUGUGGUUUCGCACUUAAGUGGUUGGUGUUAACUUUUUAAUGGGGUACAGGGGUGCUCCUUGUUUGGGAGACGAACGGACUCUGUAUGAAGUCUCCAGAAAAGCCCAAGAAGAAACACACGAAAUAACCAAGGCAAAAUACACAACAUAACAGGGGGAAGAUACGGACAGCCAAUAUAUGGGAUAAAAGUAGUUUGCAAAUGUCCAUUCUGCUACACUAUGUAAGUAAGGACCAAGUUCAAACAGAAUUUUAAAAAUGUCUAAGUUCAUACCAUAAUUGUUCUUUAUUUGUUUGUUGUAUGUUACUGUAUCAGACAGGAGUAGAAGGUCACCAUUAACGCUAUGUUAUGUUUUUUCAACAAACCGUGACGGGCCUUUUAUCAGAAGUGGAAAGUCAUUUCAUCAAGUGCUGUCAGUAAUGUGGGCUUGUUGAUAAGAAAACCUGUAUACCAGAUUGACAGAGAUGCUCCAUUGAAAGGGUAAUAAACAAGGAGACCCUUAGAUGGAGGAAAAAGAGGGGGGGGGGAGGAAAAACACACCCACCCCUCCUUAACCCACAAGGGUCAGCAAAAAAGGAAGCCCCUGCCUAGAGAAAAAUGCUAAAACUUAACCUUUAAUAAGAGACAUUAAUAAAAUGUCAAAUUGAAAAUAACAAAAAUGGAAUAAAAAGGAGAGAGAGGGAGCAAAUACAAAGAAGGGUAUAGAAUGUGACCACUAAGGGUCACCUAUAAAGAAAAAGCUAUAAUAGCACUGAAGGUCUACCCAAGUCCAGAUUUAUAAGGGGGCUGGGCAAGUAUAAUGGGGUGGAGAACUGGCAAAGACCAAGUGGCAAAUUGUUGCUCAUAAACCAGGGACAGAAAUUUCUAUGUAUUGAGAGCUACCAAAGAAUUACAAUAAUAAAGACCCUGAUAGUAGCCAUAAAUUAAUACACAGUUGCAGUGUCUAAAACAUUGCAACUGAAUGUAAAACAAUAACAACUUGUAUCUACCCGUAGAUAUAGAGUAUCGUAUAGAAGAAAGAUCCCACCACUACUGCCAAACACGAUAUAAACCCCCAAGCCAGCUAAUUUGACCUCGCUAAAAGACUGACUCUUGACUGGGACAAAAAUAAAGAACGGCUCCCUCAAAAUCUAUCUCCUCUAAGCCUGCCUAACGCGCGUUUCGGCGCAAUUCGAAGCGCCUUCCUCAGAGGAAUCAAAGAGGUUCCCUUACCGGCCGGUGUAUUUGUAUGCGGCUCGGUCCAAUGAAGAAAGGGGGCGUGGUCGUACCCAUUCGCGCCAAAAUCGGCGUUCGAAUAGGACCCGCCCCUUCAAUCAGUUAUGUCACUAUGUAGGUGGUUAACCCUGUGUGUGCCCAAUCGCACAGGACAGUGAAUCCAUGGAGUGCCCAUUAAGAAGAAAGUUAUAGAUCAAAUUAAUAUAUUAGUGUGUAUUAUAAAGCCACACAUAAAAGAUUUUUAUUUAUAUUAAUAAUAAUGGGCACCCUGCACAUUUCUAUAUAUAAGUAUUAAAAUAAACUUAUAAUAGGGGCACAAAAAACCUUGCUCACCUAAAAUUGAAAAAUGAAAAAUGAAUGAAUGCCCAUUCCCAAAAAAACCCCGGGAAGGAAUAUAUCACUCAAGAAAAUUAACUUGUGAUCAUAUAAAUAAUCUGUGUACACAUUGAAAGGGUGUAAGCGACCUGUUUAGGGAGCUCUCCUGUGUCUAGGUACCACCUCAGGGAUUCUGUUUUCAGCUAUAUGCAUUUAUAGUAAUGUUUGAGGUAGUUGAUAUUAUGCCAUUACACAAAGCAUGCAUGGUGUGCAGCCCAGUAAAUUUUAGGGCAGUAUGUAAGGCCAAGACCACAAAGUGGGUAGCACUAAGUGUACCAACCUAAACUUUAUAUCAAUAGGAAUACAGAUUUAGGUGUCUGGAAGACAGAAAGUGAAGGCAUGUUAACUCUGCAAUGUAAAUAACGCCAUUCCUACAGAACGGCAAUGUUUUCAGUUACAAGGCUAAAAUGACAGGAACAUAGCACCCAGACCAGUUUAGCUUACAGUGGUCUGUGAGCCUAUAGCAGUGAUGGCGAACCUAUGGAACGCGUGCCACAGGUGGCACGCUGGGCCCUUUCUGUGGGCACGCGGCCAUAGGUUCGCCAUCAAUGCAGAGUAGGCACCUGCCUGCCCAAAACGGCAGGCGCAUACUCUGCUUCCGUGUCGGGAGGCAGGAGGAGGGAUCUGUAAAGCAGCUCUCUCUCCUGUCCUCCCGAGAGCAAGCUGUGUGGAGCAUUGCUGCGCGUUACCAUGGCAACACUCCACACAGCAUCGCGCAGGAGGACAGGGGUGCUGCUUCACAGAUCCCUCCCCCUGCCUCUCCACACGGAAGCAGUGCUUGCCAACACCGGACCACCAGGGAUGGCUGUGUCCUCCCCCUCCUUCAUUAAAGGUAAGAAGGAGGGAGGGGGUAUACUGAUUUAUACUGAUUUUCUUUUUUUUUUUUUUAAACACCUUCACCCCAGCCCCCCACAGAGUACCCCUACCCCCACACACAGAGUACUCCUACUCCCCUACACACAGUACCCCUACCCCCACUACACACAGUACCCCUACCGCCCCAACACACAGUACCCCUACCUCCCCACAGCACCCCUCCCCCACACACAUUUGGGCACUUGGGCUCAAAAAGGUUCGCCAUCACUGGCCUAUAGUGUCCUUUUAAGCCUCGGCCUACCACCCCCUCCACACAUAUCUCUGCUCUGUGCAGGGGAUUCCCUGUUCUUAAUCUAAUGUAGGUUUCUUCUAUUUUGUGUACCGGUUUUUAAAGGUUUUCUGUGUUAUGUAUUGUUUAUGUGUUAUGUUUAUCUUGCACUCUCCAUGUAGUUUAUAAUACUAAUAAUCCCUGGUAAAUGGACAGAAAUAAAUUGUUUCUACUCUUUCCCGUCCACUCAUUUCUGACUAUUAAGACAAUGCUAAUACCCUCAAUAGGAGCUAUGUAAUGAUGUGUUCAAAGCCUCUUUACUUAUACAGAGUUAACUGGCGUUCACUAGAUCAGCUGUCUGUGUGGACAAGAUCUUGACAUCAGGGCAAGUCAUUUUGUCCUGUAGUAGAUUACACAUGGUUAAAAAGAAUCCUGGCAAUAAAACAAAUGUUAUGUAUUUUAGAGUUUUUUUGUGUGCUUUUGUGGCACGUUCAAAUAAAAAAAGAGUUUAAUAAAUGUACAUUGUUGGCUAUUCGAAUAUAAUACGUAACAACAAAUGGUGCAUUAUAUGAAUAUAUAAUUGUUGGUUGUUUUGGAGACAACCAUUACAGUAUUUACCAUAAUAAGAGAUUCUCAGUUGUGUAUUUAUUUUUACUACAUGAGUAAAAAAUUUUACCUUCCAUUCCACCUGCUGUGGGAUGUAGGAGCCAUACAUGUAUAACACACAGACUCACACACAAAUGUAGCCUAAAUUUAGAUAGACUAAAGAUCCUGUAGUUUACUUUGGUGAACCUUGUGUGUGUGUGUUUUGAUACAUAAGUACUCUUAGUUUAUCAGACUUUUUUUGAGGUCUUAGAAUUGUGACAUCUAUAUACAGGUACCUUCUCCACUUAACAUAUGCCUUUCGCUACUGUUACUUUUAUUGUCCUUGUGGGUCUUUUAUUUGUUUUUUGAUUUUGUGUAGACUGUUCAAAGUAAUGCAAGAGGCUCUGAUAUUUAAGAAAAAAAAAUCCAAUUAUAGAAAGAUAAAAUCUUUGUGAAAUGCUCAUAAAGACUGUGUUGGAAUUCAUUUGAAAUUCCAAUACAGUAAAUAAGAUGAUAUAAGUCAAAGUAGGGAACAUUGUCAAGUUUUAUCACCUUCAUGCCCCCCCCCCCUUUCCUCUCCCAAAGUGAAAUAAUAUCCAAUGGAGACUUACAUGGGAUCCUCCAUGGACAUAAUUGUUUACUCUUGUGCAUCAUUAUUAUUAUUUAUAUAGUGCCAACAUAUUACGCAUCUCUUUACAAUCAUAGAAUUGAGGUGAUAGAAUAAAGUAGUUGACAUACAAAAUAUUAACAGAAACGAGAAGUGAAGGAGGCCCUGCCCAAACAAACUUGCAAUCUAUGAGUAUGUGUAAGACUAGAGCACUGACGUGGGUUCCUGGUGGCCAAAGGGCCUGGAGCUGUAGAAUGAAGCUGUUGGCACCUGUGGGGGACUUCAUCAAAUAUGUAUAACUUACUCCAACUGCACCCUGAGCCACUGCACAACAUGUGCCGCUGUCCCCUUUGGAAAAUCACCAUCACUGAAAUAUGUAGAGACCCUAGAACAGUGAUGGCGAACCUUUUUGAGCCCGAGUGCCCAAACCGCAAUACAUGCCAACUGAAUAUUUUGAAGUUUAAAAGAAACAACUCGUACAGUUAUCUGAACUAAUUAACAUCUUCUGUUUUAAAAGAAGAACACAACAGAGAGUUUAAUGAUAUAAAUAGAUAAAAUUAAUCUUAUAUGUAUUAGUAUCUACAACAAAUGCAAUACAUACACACAGACUGCUGAACACAUUCACACACAGACUGCUGAAUACAUACACUGCUGAAGACAAACACACACAGAUUGCUGAGUACACACAGACUGUUGAAUACAUACACACACAUACUGCAUUGAGGGGUGCAGUGUUUGUGUGUAAGGGUGUGGAGUGUAAGGGUGUGGGGUGUGGUGGUGGGUGUGUGUGUGGAGUGAUGCGUGUGUGGGGGGGUGCUGUGUGUGUGAGGUGUGAGUGUGAGGGGUGCUUUGUUUGUGGGGUGGGAUAGGGGUGCUCUGUGUGUGUGUGGGGGAUAGGGGUGGUAAAGAUCCAUUAAAAAAAAUUAUUUGAAGAUCAGAGGAAAUGUGUGACCUUAAACAAAAAAAGAACAGAAUGUCUGUAUGCACAUGGAUAAUGGUUUUAUUCUGUUUUCAAAUUAGGAGAAGAAGAAUAUUUGUGAAGAGGCAUUGUUGAAAGUGAGAGGUGUAAUAAGCUUUACAUUUCAAUUAGCCAUGCGGCGAUGCACUAUCCGAGUAAAAUCAGAUCUGGCAACAGAGGUAAGAUAAUUUUAAUUCUAAUGUAUAGUACAAUACUUUCAGUGUGUAUAUAACUGAGUAUCUUUGAUAGUUUGUUUAAACAGACACUAUGGUCACCAGAACUAAUACAAUUUAAUUUAGUGGUUCUGGUGUCUAUAGCAUGUACCUGCAGGUUCAGCAAUAUAAACUCUGCCAUUCACAUUGCUGCCUAGUAAUACCUCUAGUCUUAUGGGCAUUAUCAAAUAUUACAGGUUUUUAGAAUGAAAAGUUGUAUUUCUUAAACUUUGUUUUUAACCUCUUAAGGACCGAGGACAUACUAGGUACAUCCAACAAAAAAACUGUCCUUAACGACCGCGGACGUACCUAGUACGUCCUCAAAGUCCUUCUUACUUACCCGAACACCACCGUUCACCCUGCCGGUGAUUGGCGUUCCUCCUGGUUUGGGGGGUACUGCCUGAUAGCCCAGAGGGAAAAAAUGCCCUGAUAGCCCUUUGGCAAAUAAUGCCCCCGCAAGCCAUGUGAUCGCUCUGAAAGAUGGUAAGAAAAUAGAAAAAUGGCCUGGUCACUAAGGGGUUAAGAUAUUUUGCAAACUAGCCAUUUGAUAGAAAUUUAAAAAUAUUGUUUUUCAUACAAUGUUCCUUUACUUAUCAAAUGACUUGCCUAGAUACGUAAAUAUAUGGUAUUUAGACUUUAGGAAGCCAUCUUACCCUAGGUUGGUGUCACACCAAGUCAGGGAAUUUCUCAUGUCAUGUGCAACCUUAAGUUUUACUCCAAACAUAGAUAAGAUGUCUAGGUCAUGACAAUAUACUGAUUUAAGAUUUUCCCAUGUGAAAUGCUUGCCAACUUAAGGUAGACCCUAACAUGACCUAAUUGAAUAUCUAAGGUAUAAAUACCUGUACUUAUUAAUAUUAAAAAUACAGAGGAGAGAAUUUUGAAUGCAGAGAUGCUGCUCCAUUUUUAUCAUGACUGAAAGGUUCAAGAGGGUAUGUUAUUCUAUUUUAAAAUUAAGUGCAAGCGCUAUAUUUUGAAAACCUUAAAAUAGGUGAUCGGUAUCAAUAUGAAAUACAGACACUUAUCUAUGCAUUCUUAUGAUUAAUAAAUAAAACCAUAUAAGCCACAGUGUGUGUAAUUUCAAAUGACCUUAAAAACUGCUAAAGGGUCCAAAAGUCUUUGGGUAAUAGUCUCUUUAGAGUUAAUCUUGUCUCUCGCAGCCAUGAACUAGCGUCUAUUGAUACACUGUAUAACACAGUGAACAUUGUUCUUUAAAAGAUACAAAAAAAGUUUUCAUAGCGUAACACUGUAAUUUAUUAACAAUAAAAGCAAGGAACCCUUACAUUAGCAUAUGGUGAUACUCGUCGCCAAGAUACCACAAAUAAGCAUAGAUAUAUCAGAGGCUUAGAAGCCGUUACCGUCCGUUAUUCUGCUAGUGAAAACUCCCGCUCAAUCUCUAUGCUGAUAAGGCAAGUGUUGGUGCAGGGAGGAGACUGGAAAUAGGGAUCGGUAUUGAUGAAUUGUUCUUCCUCCACCUCUGAUUCAGCAAAUGCCGCUCACGCUUCAACGCAUUUCGACCAUAACACCGGGCUUUCUCAAGAUAGUGAUGCGGCUAAUGGGAGCGUUAUUAUAAACACGCUUAUCAAUUUAACUCAUGAAGUCCCAUUUACCUUAUCCUUCCGUGAAAACGGCUCACCGUACGCGGACAUUUCAAUUUAAGGUUAAAAAAAAUAUCAAUAUACAUUGUUAAAUAGUGCUACGUGUAUGUAAAAAGUUGAACUUAAUCGAAUGGAUACAUUUCAUAAAAGUCAAAUUUAUGUGCAAAUGCAUUCAUUACAUAGAAUACACCAACUUAAAUAAAGUUGUUAGGAAGUUGUUGGGGGCUGGCAGAGAGCGGUUCCUUACCUUUCCUGCAGCUCCUGCCAGCUCCCUUCUCUCUCCUGCGUUCCGGUCAGCUCCACUGUAAAUCUCGCGAGAGCCGUGGGGUCAGAGCGUUGCCACGGGCAACGCUCCGCGCGGCACUCAGACCGCGAGACUUACAGUGGAGCUGACAGGGGAGCUGACCGGAACGCAGGAGAAGGGAGCUGACAGGAGCUGCAGGAAAGGUAAGUAACAGCUUCCUGCCAGCCCCCUCCUACACAGCCCAUCCACUGGACCACCAGGGAAUGAGAGCCCCCCUCCCUGGCCAGCUAACAAGCAGGGAGGGGGGACAAAAAAAAAUACAAAUUUAAAUAUUAUUAAAAUAAAAAUAUUAAUAUAUAAAAAUAAUAAUAAUUAAAAAAAUAAUAAUAAAAAUGCCCACCCCCCACCAAGGCUCUGCAUCACAUACACACACACACACACACUGCAUUCAUUCAUACACAUACACACACGCACACCAUUCAUACACAAACACACACACACUGCAUUCAUACACACACACACACUGCAUUAUAGACACACACUACACAUACUGCAUGCAUUAUAUACACACACACUGUAAAUAAAUAUUCAAUUAAUAUAAUUUUUGGGGGAUCUAAUUUUAUUUAGAAAUGUACCAGUGGCUGCUGCAUUUCCCACCCUAGUCUUAUACUCGAGUCAAUAAGUUUUCCCAGUUUUUUGGGGUAAAAUUAGGGGUCUCGACUUGUGUUCGGGUCGACUUAUACUCGAUUUAUAUAUGGUAGAUAAGUGGAGCGCUGAAUAUAUACACUUACCCUUAGAUAGGGUUAAGUCUCAGAUAUAAGUGGAUACAUGUAAAUGAAACAAAAAAAUACAGCACAAUAUAGUGUAAAUCUGCAAGUAAAGAUAUAUUGUAGUGAUAUUUCCAUUGAUCAAACUCACAUAGAUUAGAGCCUCAAAUGGACAGGCUCAAAUCACUUCCGCAGUAGUGUCGUAUGGAGAUACUGCAUCCUUUAACUGUUUCCUCAAAUAGAGAAACAAAAAAAGGGAGACCUCCUAGUAUACUAUGUUUCAACAUAAAUCAAAAUUGCAGUGGUUAUGGUUGUGCUUGCCUUUUUCUGAGCCAAUGGAAACCUGGCUUUGGAUGGUAAACCUGGGUGCUUCUAGAAGGGGGCACCUGCCUUUCUUUAGCAGCAAGGUAAGGUAAAAAGCCAAUGGGACUUAGUAUAUAAAAUAAUACAUUUAUUGUAACUAUUAAAUAUAAAACCAAAAGAAAAAUCAAAAAAAUAAAGUUAAAAUAUCCCGUUACUAAUAAACCAAAGGUAAAAUGUCCCAAUAAUCGUAUUCAAUUCCAAGACACGUUUCACCCACACCAUGUGGGCCUUUUCAAUCGGAUUUGAUGUUUCUGAUACCUUGCUGCUUUUAAAUCUGCCGGUCUUUUCAUCCGGUGGGCGGUCCUUCGUUCACUAUAUUGUGCUGUAAUUUUGUUUUCAUUUACAUGUAUCCACAUAUAUCUGAGACUUAACCCUAUCUUAGGGUAAGUGUAUAUAUUCAGCGCUCCACUCAUUUGAUUUAGUACAGUCUGGACAUUAUAUCCAGAUUGCCAUAAACUCACUUUGGUUCACUUCUAUAUUUAGUGGGGAAAAGAGAGCACCCACUAGAGUGUGUAGCUGCUUUCUAUCACUCAAUUAUAUCUAUAAGCGCACUUGACACAGUAAUCACCAAUUUUUGUAACUUAUAUACGGUAGAUAAAACUUUUGAAAAGACGAUUAACAUUAAAAAGAGAAAAUUUGAGGGAGACCAACAAGAUGUCCAGGAAAAUAGAGUAAGGAAUUACCAUAGAAAGGAACAACUGCGCAAUAAUCACUUUUCAGUAACCCAGACCUCACGAAGGAAUAAUAGGGAUAAGAGCUUAACUAGAACUAAUAAUGGAUCUAAUAUGGAUCAUUAUAAAAAGAAUAUGUUCCAUCAAAGCAGCCUAAUCUCCCUAGAACACCCAAAGAGUAGGGCUGGACAUUAGUGACUAAUUAAAGACAUAGAAAUACACCUCACACUAAACCAAAACCAUACACACCACAACCAAGAAUCCAUAGAAAUAUAGGUCACAUUUCUAAUAGAUUUGAAGCAUUAACACAUACAGAGAGGAUACUGUGCAUGAUAAAAUCAAAAAUUCAAUCCAAUCAGCCUGAGGAGAAGGAUUUUUUAGGGCCUCACCAUAUGUUUGUAAAUCACCAAUUUCAAAAUACAAAACAAAAGUAACGAUACAAAGGGGAUGUAGAGGAGUCCAGAAAAGAAAAGAGAAUCAAAUGGCAAAACCCAUGGGAAUUAUUAACUUAAACAUCACUUUAACACCAGAUCAAAUUAAAGUUUUAAAUAAGGGAUUAAAAUACGCCCCGGCCAUUAGGUCGGAUCCCUUUUUAGAAUUUUCUGAAUGUCCAAAAAUGUACUAGCACACUUAACCUGAAGCUUUUUUAUGAGUAACUCUAUUGACUCAAACACAACUCAAAAUGACAAUCCUUUCAAACACAUGGCUUUAAAAUAGAAAUCCAAAUUCUGCCCCCCCCCCCAACCCAUCAAGUAUGCAUAUGAAUGCUUUUAGUAUAGCAGUACUAGAAGAUCUAGAAAAAAAUCCUAACCAAAUUCCAAAUAGACACCAUAACCUUACAGUACAAGAAAAAAAGGUCUUAAAUGAAUUAGGCAAUAUUAGGAACAUAAUAAUUAAACCCGCCGAUAAGGGUUCUAGUGAAUAUAGAGUAUUAUGAAAAAGAAUGUCUUAGAAUUUUGCUGGAUAAAAAAUACUUAGAAACUACUGAACAAAGACGCUACUUUGAUUUGAUUACCCUCCUAGAGAAAGGAAAACAGGUGGGAAUUUUAACAAAAAAGGAAUAUGAUUUUGUUUUGAAUCUAUACCCUAGAAAACCUGUUUUUUUAUUUUCUCCUGAAAAUUCACAAGAAUGUGACAGAACCGCUAGGAAGACCAAUCAUUUCAGGGAUAGAAUCCUUAACCUCUAAUCUGUCCCAGUAUAUAGAUACACUAUUACAGCCAUCAGUUAAAGGAACAAAGUCAUAUUUGAGGGAUAGCAGUGAACUACUUCGAACAAUAGAGGGCAUAAUCUGGAAGAAAAAUUAUUGGUUAGUAACCUGUGAUGUUACUUCACUUUAUAUAGUAAUACAACAUGAAUUGGGAUUAAGAGCAGUAAGACAUACUCUAUAUACAGUUUCAGAAUUACAGAUGGAACAGAUUGAAUUGUUGCUUGAAUGUAUUAAUUUUAUUCUUACUCAUAUUUUUUUCUGGCAAAGGGAGGAGAUUUAUCUACAAGUCACUGGUAAUGCUAUGGGGACUAGGUUCGCAUCCAGUUCCGCGAACAUUUUUAUGUCAUAUUGGGAGGAUUUACAUAUAUGGCAGGGCCAUCCAUGGGUUGCGAACCUAGUCCUCUAUAGACGGUACAAUGACAACUUUUUUAUUUGGGAAGGGGAGGAGAAAGAAUUAUCCCUGUUUUUAGAAUAUAUGAAUAAGAACCGAUAUAAUUUAUCUUUGACUUCCAAGUACAGCACCACAAGUAUUGAUUUUCGGGAUCUGGUUUUAUAUGUAGAAGAACAAGCUUUGACGUCUAAACCUUUUUUUGAAAAUGGUUGACGUGAACGGUUUUAUUCUAAGAUCAAGCUGUCACCAUUCCCCUUGGCUGACUUAUGCACUGUACGGACAAUUCCAACUCUUAAUCCAUCCAAAAAGGGUAUAAUGCAAGACAAAAGUUUUAAUUUUCCCAUUAUUUUCAAUUAUAGCAGCCAAUCUCAAUUAUUUUUUUUAAAUUCUUUAUUUCAAGAAAAUACAAAACAAGGCAACAUUUCUGUGAUACUGUUAAACUGUACAGGUGUAGAAACAAGCACAUGUAUAGCGACAAUAUUCAUGUAUAGACAGACAACUGAAACAUAUCUGUAAAUAUUGCAACAAGAACCGCUUUCGAGUUCAGGUGAUGCAGUGUAUCUUUAAGCUAAUCUCGGAGAAUGACAAACGUCCAGCUUUUUUUGUCCUGGGUAUUUAUAACUCAAAAUGAAAAUGAAGUCAUGCACAACCCUACAGAUAGGAGGUGUUAGUUUCUAUAAUAUUUUUCACUCAAUGGUCUCUUCCCCUUGUAGGAAUGUCUGGAGGUAUCAUAGUGACUAAAUUUGCUCAUUACCGCCCCUUGUGGUCCAUGAGUAUUCCUAUACUUCAUACUUGUACAUAAUGAACUAGAAGAUAGAACUAUAAGUAGAUAGAGAAAAGAAAGAUAGAUAGAGGUAGAUAGGAGAGGAUUGAGUGGGGGAGAACAUUGGAGGGAUGGGGAAGGAGGAGUGGGGGGAGGGAGGUGGAGUGUGGAAGGUAUGUGGUUGAGGAGGGGCUCCUAGGUGUUAUAAUUUCUCCUCCCAUGGGGGGCGGACACAUCAGUGGAUCGUGUUUAUCCGGUCUCUGGGGCAGUGUAACUUGUAUCUCCCCUGGGGAUCCCAGAAGCCCUCCCCCCGACAGGAGAUAUAUAUCAUAUAUGGCAAUUGGACGUUUUCUGUUGUGGGAUGUGCGACAUGCGCAGGGGUGGGCGUGCCCUCCCCACUCAUCUCUUAAUCACUGGCUGUGCUGGCUAUCCACGGGCCCCAGAUCCAUUCGAACCUGGUCAUGGACCCUCGGACCUGUGCCGUUAAUUUAUCCAUUAGGAAAGUAUCCAUGAUUUUUUGUAUCACCGCGGGGAUAGUCAGUCUCUCCCUUUGCAGCCAUACCUGUGCUAGUGCCCUCCUUUCGGCUAAGUUUAGUUUAUGUGGGAGGGUUUGUUCUGCUCUUGUCCAAUUUUCUAUGGAUCUGGCUAAAAGAUGCACCCAAGGGUCUAGUUUGACCUCUUUUUCAAGGAUGUCUCCUUCAAACUCCGCUAUCAGCUUCCAGUAUGCUUGUACCUCUGGGCAUUCCCAUCACAUGUGUAUAUAAGUUCACUGUUGUCUGCACCCCCUCAAGCAUAAGUCCGUUGUGGUUUUAUUCAUUCGGGACAAUUUUACCGGUGUAGUAUACCAUCUAAAUAGGGUCUUAAAUGAUUGUUCCUGCAGGGAGACACACACAGAGGACGUUGCUGCGGCUUCCCAAAUUUCAUGCCACUCUAUGCCUUCCAACUCCUCGCCCAAGUCCGCCUCCCACUACUCCGUAUAUGUAAUCCGUCCCCAUUCCUGUGUGUGUGCUCAAGUUUGUGUAUAGACAAGAAAUUAGCCCACUCGGGAACUAUUCUUUAAUGCACAUUCCCUCGAAGAAUGUAAGUGGUGUAAGGGCAGCCUUCUUAAUUUACGUGUUUUGAGCGUAGUCCCUUAACUGUAUUUAUCGAAAAUAAUCAAACGAGUUCAAUGGGGCUCUAGUUUUCAAUGCUUCGAAAGUCACCACCGUAUUCAAAGAGAUGUUUCAAUCUCUGCAAUCCAGUGUUUUCAAUGCCUCUAAAAAUUUGUGCCGCCAUUCCGGGGGGGAAUUCUCCAUUCCUCAGGAACGGGGUCAUCGGAGAAGGGGAGGUCACUUAUCAAGGUAUGAAUCAAUGGUGUGUAGUUAUGUUUGUAUAGUGGAUCUGCCGUCAUCCUAAUGCCCAAAUAUUUGAUGUAAUCCCUUGCUAUGCGUAUGUGGUAGGUCUCUCCUAUAUGUUCUGGCCGCGUCAGUCAUGCCUAUGGGGAGUGCGCUAGAUUUUCUUUAAGACGUUCGUCAGUGCUGCCAUAGAAUCUUUUGGGUCCGUAAGCGUUAGGAGAACAUCAUCAGCAAAUCCUGAAACUAGGUAUCUUUUCCCUCCCACCCUGAUUCCCUUAAUGUCCGGGUUGGCCCGUAUUUUCUGGAACAGGGGCUCUAGAGACAGGGCGAACAGUAACGGCGAAAGAGGACAACCCUGUCUGGUGCUGUUACUCAGUUGGAACGGUGUGACUCCCGCUCCCGAGAUCUAUAUGCACGCUCUGACGUUGGUAUACAUGGCCCGGAUCGCCGUAACAAAACGGGCCAGGACACCCAGAUGGUCCAAGACCUCGAAUAAAUAGGUCCAUUUUAACCUAUCGAAAACUUUUUCUGCAUCAAGAGACAGGACCAGAGUUGGAGUGCCCUUAGCGGCCUGACUCCAGAUGAGAUAGAUGUUACGUCGUGUUUUUGAAUAGUUGUCUUCCUGGCACGAAGCCCACCUAGUCUGGGUGGACUAACCGUGGGAGAAUUGGGUUUAGCCUACUUGCGAGGAUUUUAGAGUCGUGAUUUAUCAGGGAUAUCAGACGGAAGAUUUCUGUUAAUGCAUCAUCCCUUCCGGGCUUCAGAAGUAAAACUAUGUCCGCUAAAGACAUGUCUGGUGAUUCCCCACCCCCCCUCCAUGAGAUCGUUGCACCAAGAUUCCAAGUAGGGUUUAAGUUCUUCUCGCAGAAUCUUCUAGUAGCUACCAUCAAAGCCAUCCAGGCCUGGUGCUUUGUUGCUUUUUAGCGCCGAAAUGGCUCCGUCCACUUCCUCGACUGAAAUCCGUUUUUGCAACACCUCCGAGUCCGCAGCCUUGGUAGAUCUAACUAGUUUAGAACCCUCCUAAUCCGCUGUAGUUCGCUUUGAGUAUCCAGGGUAUCCACGCUGGUAAGGUUAUAUAGUUUAGUGUAGUAUUCCAUAAAGAUGGCGGCUAUAUCCGUGGGAUUCGUUUGGUACUUACCUGAUCUGUCUUUAAUUUUCGUAAUGUGUGCGCCCUGUUGUCGAAGGGAUCUUGCUAAUAGCGUGUCCAUCUUAAUGGCCCUCUCAUAAUAGUUUCCGUUUGGACCACACCAUGGCUCUUGCUGUAUCUUCCAAUAAGACGUUUAAAACUAAAUUUCUCGAGUCAUGUACUGCUUCCAGACCGGUUGGAGUAGGGUCGGAUUUAUGCUUUUGUUCCGCUUUCCUCAAGGAGGCUAAGAGGGAAGUUAAUAAUUGGGUUUUUCGCUUCUUCCUCAGCGUCGCUUCUCGUAUUUCAAAGUGCCCCUGAUCACUGCCUUGUGGGCCGCCCACACCGUGGCUGUUGGCAGUCCGGACUCCGCUUCGCAAGUAAGUCAUUCCGAACCUUUGUAGCUAUCUCUGGGUCUUGGAGCAGAGAAGUAUUCAGUCUCCAUGUCCAUGGAGAUGCCACACACAGCUUCUCAAGCAUUAAUGUAAUGUCCACGUGAUCGGACCGCGUUAUUGAGCCCACUGUAGAGUCAGUAACUCUAGAUACGGCUAGGGGGUUCACUAAGAACAGGUCUAUCCUCGAGUAGGUGUCGUGGGGAGGCUAAUAGAAAAUGUAGUCUACGACGUCAGGGUGGUGAGAUCUCUAAAUAUCGAUUUUAGUCCUGUAUGUUGUAUGAAGGCGUGUAGUAGCUUGUUUUGUCCUCCCCUCCCGUGGGAACGUGGGACCCCCCCCCUUUUAGUUCCCCUAUCGAUCGCCGGGCAUGGAGCUGCGUUAAAGUCUCCCCCCACUAUAACCAUGCCAUGUGGUAGUGUUUGUAUUCUAUGAGUCAAGUCUGUCCAGAAGUCUAUGUCCGGGAUGUUGGGGGCGUAAACGUUAAGGAUGUGUAUAGCGUGAGAAUACAAAGUUCCUGAUAUUAAAAUGAAACGCCCUCCCGGAUCUGAAUGAACCUUGUUAUAGUGCAUCUAUUGUGUAUAAGGAUUGUCACCCCAUGUCUUUUAUUAAGGGCCUUAGCUUCGUACGUCGUGUGAUAAGUUUGAUCUCUUAUGGCAAAUUUUGUUGAUGCUGGGAUGUACGUCUCCUGCAGAAAAGGAAUGUCGGGAUUCAUGCGCUUAAUUUCUUUGAACAUAAGGCGUCGCUUUUUGGGCGCAUUAAUGCCCUUGACAUUUAAAGAAAAAAGUUUUACAGGCAUAUCAAUUGAUAAGGGUCUAUGCCGUACUCCCCCAUGCUGCGUUCUCUGGUUCUGCGCCUAAGGCCUAUCCCUCGUGAGAUAUGGAUCCAGCGUACCGUCAUAUUAUCUCAUACUCUCUGUGACAUUCUGUGUCAUUUGAUCUCCCCCAUUCCCCCCCUCAGGGGUAGGGUAAAAAUGGUAGGAAAUAGGGAAGGAGGGGUUAACAGGAAAGCAAAGAUGAGAGAAAGAAAAGAAAAAACAUACGAUACAAAAAUUUGUCUGUAUAUGCUUGUAGUUUUCAACCAAGUCUUUUCUUACAUUGACAUAUUUAUAUCUUUUAUUUUUCCUAACAACUUUAUUUAAGUUGGUGUAUUCUAUGUAAUGAAUGUAUUUGCACAACAAUUUUGACUUUUAUGAAAUGUACCCAUUCGAUUAAGUUCAACUUUUUAUAUACACAUAGCACUAUUUAACAAUGUAUAUUGAAAUGUUUUUUUUAACCCUAAAUUGACAUGUCCAUGUAAGGGGAGCCCUUUUCACGGAAGGAUAAGGUAAAUGGGACUUCAUGAGUUAAAUUGAUAGGCGCAUAUAUAGUAACGCUCCCAUUAGCCGCUACACUAUCUUGAGAAAGCCCAAUGUUAUGGGCGAAAUGCGUUGAAGCGUGAGCGGUGUUUGCUGAAUCAGAGGUGGAGAAAGAACAAUUCAUCAAUACCGAUCCCUAUUUCCAGUCUCCUCCCUGCACCGACACUUGCCUUAUCAGCAUAGAGAUUGAGCGGGAGUUUUCACUAGCAGAAUAAUGGACGGUAACGGCUUCUAAGCCUCUGAUAUAUCUAUGCUUAUUUGUGGUAUCUUGGCGACGAGUACCACCAUAUGUUAAUGUAAGGGUUCCUUGUUAUUGUUAAUAAAUUACAGUGUUACGCUAUGAAAACUUUUUUGUAUCUUUUUAAAGAACAACGUUCACUGUGUUAUACAGUGUAUCAAUAGACGCUGGUUCAUGGCUGCGAGAGACAAGAUUAACUCUAAAGAGACUACUACCCAAAGACUUUUGGACCCUUUAGCAGUUUUUAAGGUCAUUUGAAAUUACACACACUGUGGCUUAUAUGGUUUUAUUUAUUAAUCAUAAGAAUGCAUAGAUAAGUGUCUGUAUUUCAUAUUGAUACCGAUCACCUAUUUUAAAGUUUUCAAAAUAUAGCGCUUGCACUUAAUUUUAAAAUACCAUUAUAUGUGAAGUUUUAAGGAAACUUUAUAUGUGUAUAGCUGCUUAAUUUAUUUGGAGAUAUAUUUUAACUGUUUAUUUGUUUUUAUUUAAAUAGAGUUGCGCUCUCCUGUCUUGUUUAUAUUCGGUAAAUGUUAUUCUAUUUUACUGAUAUUGCAAGCAUAUACUUUAAUCUUUUAAACUCUGCUAUAAGUUAUUGUAAUUGAUUAUUAAGUUUUCAUAUGUCCAUAUUUAUAUUUUUAUUUAAUAAAAUAUUUUAAAAGACAAAACUUUAUUGCUUCCAAGACAAUCAUUAUGUUUAUUGUAUUCUCAAUUAUUUAUAUAUUUUAUAUAGAGCAACUCUUACUAACUAUAUCAUAUUAUAGCUAAGAUAUCUGUACUGUUAGCCCUGCUAAAUUCUAUACAUUUAUAGUGGUAAAAAGGGGAACCAGCUGCGGUUACACUAGUGGCAGUCACUCUGAUAUUUUGCCGUGCAUGCACAGUAGCCUCCCAAUGCUUUUCUAUAGGAAAGCAUUGGAUUGACUGAGAUCAUCAGAUUGAUGAUCUCAGCCAUAAAGGCGGGACCAGCUGCAGCAAGGCCAGAGCAGUGAUGGAGAAAAGGUAAGUAAAGCCACAUUUAUAUCUCCAAUCUGAGGGGGGUUGGGGGCCUAAAUAUUGUAGUCCAACACUAUAGUGUUCCUUUAAGCUGUUCAUAUAUUUCUCAUAUGCUAUCUGUCAGGAUAUUUUAUAGUUAAAAUAAAACUUUUAACACACUGGUAAAAAGGAUGGAGCGUAACAUUAGCUUAACUUCCUUUUGUCAAAAUAGUGGAGCUUGCCUUAAGCUCCGUCCUUGGUCAACAUUUGUCUUAUGUUUCUAAGAGACAUAGAUCACAAGUUUGAGGUGACAGAGCCACUUUGAAUGAUAUUAUUUAAAACAAGUUAAACACACUGGUAGUUACAUUCUUGGCUUUUAGAAUAAACUGUAAUUUUUCUAUCCUCUCUUUAAUGGGUUAGAAUAGAAACCAUUCUGAAAUAUCACUUAUAUCUGUCAUGGAUAAUAAAAUCUCCAAUAACCUAUAGGGACAAAUGACAAAUUUUAUUAUAUCUUUCCUGUACUGUUUUCUACUUGUAUAGUGUUUCACGAUAGGAUUUUAGAAGUUUGCUUUCAUAAGUUAUAUGCAUGGAUUUGCUUCAUGGUGAAUUCUUGUACUGGUAAUGCUGAGGGAUGCUUCCUAUGUAUGUAAUAGGCCGUGGAAUAAAGUAGAUUUUCAUAGGAACAGAUCAAAUAACUUUUCGACUGCAUCCCUAGAGUCUUUAGCACGUUGUUCCUAUUAAAAUCUGUUUAAUUCUAUAGCUUGUGUGUCAGGACCUAUUUUGAAAAUGAAGCACGAAGUGUAAAUCUUUAAAUGACAAGUGCGACCCUUUCUUAUUCAUUUGAGUCAUAUGUAUUUUAAGACAUUCUCUCUUUGUUUCACAGUGUUUAGCAUCUGCAAUUGCAGAAACAAAAGUUUUAAAAGCACAGCAAGUGAUUAAGAAUGAAUCUGGAAAUGAGGUAUGCUUGUUAUUUACUGAAAUGCACACAUUCUCAGCAGUGAUAUUAUGUUUUUUAUUUUAUAGCAAUUCAUGUACAAUCUUCUACAGCACCUAAAAUGUAUGGCAUGCAAACAUUCCACUGCAAAUUUUAUAAUGGACUUCUACAAGUUUUACUGCAAAUAAUUCUUCUGUAUGUCUACUCAUCCAUUAUGACAAUGAGGAUAUGGAAAUAAGAAAGAAAAAUGGUAGUAACUGUUCAGCUAUACAUUUUCAAGCAAAUAAUAUACAUUUUUAAAGUUAAAUGUUAGGGGCCAAAUAUGUCAGUAAUUUCACUGUGAUCAAAUGUCCCUGUACAUCGAAAUAUGAGGAGAUAAAUGGAACCUACUUGGUAUUACCUUGUUUUAUAACUCUAGUGCUAUUUGUUGGGCUUGAUAAAGGCGGAAUUGGUCCAAGUAAAUCUGAAUUUUAAAAGGAUACUCCACUGCCUAAAUAAAUAAAUAAAAAUCACUCUUUAGGAGAUAUGCCCCAAAUGAAACUGUGUAUGCAUUUAAUUAUGGAAAUUUUUUAAAUUGGGAUAUAUAUAUAUAAAAUCUGUUUGCAAAACCUGCAGUUCUCUUGUCUGCCUUUGCAAGCCCUCCUCUUCUAACUCUGCCCAGACUUUUUAUGGCUGUCAAUCACAGACUUCCCAAUACAGCUCAAUGAGAAGUCUUUGUUAAGUCAGGUGCUUUGGACAAUUGCUGCCUCUUGAGGUCAGCUGCAAUGAGCUAACAAAACCAAUUUCUAUUGAAAUCUGCACUUUUUGCAAAAUGAAAAAAUAGGACAUACUCUUGACACACAAAGCAUUUCAGCAAUCUAAAGUUGUUAAGGGGUUUUGGAGUGACCAUUUUAACAGUGUGCCUGGCCUAUUUGUGUGUGUCCUUAGAGGAAAUAUGCUAUUCUGGUCUAUGAGGCACCUUUUGGUCUUUUCCAGUCCUACAAGUGUGUGACAUCUCCCUUUGUAUCAGUUGUCAUAUGUCUGUCAACCUGAACCUCAAUUCUCUCUGUAAUGCCUUCAAUGCAGAAAGGCCAAUUCAUGAUAACUGUGGAUCUGAAGGAUUCAUACCUUCAUAUUCUGAUCAAUCCUGAUUAUAUUCAGGUACGAGUAGCCUCUUGCAACCUGCUUAUCACCUGCUAGUCUCCCUCUUUCACCCUCUAGCAUGGGUGAUGUAUCUACCUCCCCUAGAGCUCGCUGAUGCCUCACAUUUAAGUUUAGUUACUGGAGUCUAUUGUGCACUACAUGGAAAUGAAGGACAAAUUACUCUUUACUGGCUCUCAGUGCCUAUGCUUUGGCAGUGUAUUGCAUGGAGAUUUUGUGAUUCAUGGUGAUGUCCUUUGCGAUUCCAUUUCAGAAGUUCCACUUGUGACCCUCUCAGGGGUUCUCUCUCUGCCAGUGGGGUGGGAAUUCUAAUGAUCUCUCACAGCUGGGAUCAAUCAGUGCACUCCCUCAACAGGUGUUUCUUCAGGAGACCCUAGUGGUUGGUUGUUGUUAUGGACGAAACCUAACCAGUUGGGAGCAGUAAUUGAACUACAAAGCCUACAAAGGGCUUGGGGGAAUUGGGUCACUAAAGGAGGCAAGGCUUGCAUUCAAUGUUCUCAAGCUCAGAGCAAAUUACCUACUUCUCCUGGUUUGACUGGAGAGUUUAAUGUUUGCAUUCAGUCAACCAACUUCAUCGCAGCUUGUCUUGGUUAACCACCAAGGUGAGACAUGGGAGUGCUGCUGCCAUGAGGGAGGUCUCCAAGAUCUUUUAGUGGGUGGCAGUGAGUAUUUUUUCCCCUCUCCACACAUACUUUGCACCUUUGUUCAAGCAUGGAAACAAUGUGAUGUUCUUGGCAGUCCAAAUUAAUACACUGAUUUAUUGUUUGUCCAUAGGUUUAUGUUCCUCUUCCAAAAAUAGAUUUGCCUGUAGAAAAAAACUCCUGCUUGCCAGACUACCUACCUGAAGAGGAGAGCCCUCAGAAAGAUAUAGAAAGAGCUAUAACAUGCCCUGGAUUAAAGGUUAACUGUCGUGGAAGCUGGAUUAAUACUGCAGCUAAUUUCCUCACCAAAACCUUUUACUGGUGACUAAAUUUGUAAACCUUUGUAAAUAUGUUCUUUGUUUAAGUCCUAGACCUGUUAAACCUGCACAUUACAUUUUUAUAUGUUUUAUGUUGCAUUUAAAACACUAAUUCUCAACAUAAACAUAAGUUUAUAUGUUUUAUACUUUUUUUGUGUGUGUGUGUAAAAAAAUUCUCAAAAUAAAAUUUAGAGAUACAAAUGUUGGAUUUUGUUUGAUACUAUGUAUGUAAAGUGGCAGUCACCAUCACUGGGCGCAUAAGAUUGACACGUUAAUGGACGACUCCUAUGUUUAAG